GUAAACGAUGUACCAAAUACAUGAAAUUAUACAGUAAAAGAAAAACUGUAUUUCGCCAGUCCUACAUUUAGACCUCGCAUACUUAUACUCAAUUAUAUAAUUAUAUAUGUACUCUUCACCAGCUAGCCUAUUAAAAUAGGUCAAACUUUCACCAACACUAUACGCCUACAUGGACUUAUAUAUAGGCCUACAGACUGGAUUCUCUUGUUGAAAUGUAAACAACUAUCUUGAGACUGACGACUAUUUAUCGUAUUUUGUUGCAGAAGAGUUGUUGGAUGGCUUGGUCUGUUGUUUGAUCCAGUAGAAUAGUAAAGAUAUAACUAUAAUAGAUAUAUCGACUCUCGACGAAUUAAAACAACCAAGUCAACCAUCAUGAAUUUUUUUGGUCUAAUUGACAUACCCGUUUGGAUUUUGUUGAUAUCUUUCAUUCUGUCAUUAGCUAUCGUGUAUAUCACGUCGACUCAUGGAAUGCUUAGAGCAGCAGGUGUCCCUGGUCCACCUCCAGGAAUAUUUGGAGUCGUCAAUGAAUACAAUAAAAAGGGAGUCGGACAGACGGAUCUGGAUUUAGUCAAGAAAUAUGGUCGACUUGUAGGUAUUUAUCACGUGCGACUACCUAUAUUACUAGUGGCUGAUGUUAAUAUUGUGAAAGAAAUUUGUGUUAAAGAAUUUCCUCGUUUUACCAACAGAGUCGUUCUGCUACCAAAUGAUGAAGUGAAUCAAUUGUCGGUAGGGAACGCUCGUGAUGAAGAUUGGAAGUUCACACGAAGUCUUUUAAGUUCUUCUUUUAGUAGCGGUAAAAUAAAAAAGAUGAUUCCAUUGAUUGAAAGCUGCAGUCACAUCUUGAUAAAACAUUUAAAGAACAAAGCUGAGACUGGCGAGGAGUUCGAAAUGAAAAGAUUCAUGAGUAGCUUUACUCUCGAUGUGAUAUGUAGUGUAGCGUUUGGUAUAGACAUAGAUUCUCAGAACGACCCCAAUAACCCGUAUGUACGCAAUGCACUUAAAGCUAUUAAUAUCAGUUUUCGUUCACCCGUUAUGAUUUUAUGUUUUUUGUUUCCGUUCAUGAAAGAUAUAUUUCAAAAGUUGGGGAUGACAUUUUUGGACAGGAAUAGUCAGAAUUUUUUCGUAGAAGAAACUUCAAAAGUUAUAAAAGAAAAAAUCCAAGAUCCCAAGAAACGUGAUGAUAUUUUACAACUUAUGAUAAAUGUCAAAGAAGAAUCUCAACAAAAUGAAAGUUAUUCAGUUGGUGGAGUUCAUAAAGUAUUUACAGAUCUGCACAUUAUAUCGAACUCGAUCACGUUUCUUAUUGCUGGGUUUGAAACGACUUCAAAUACCCUCAGCUUUAUUAGUCAUUUACUGGCAACCAAUCCUGAACUUCAAGACAAGAUGAUACAAGAAUUAGAUUACUUUGUUGGCGAGGGGGAGAUAACUAACGACAACUUGUUUAAACUACAUUAUAUGGACAGAUUUAUCAGCGAAACGUUGCGAAUGUAUCCUCCAGCCAUCAGAUCCAAUCGAGAAGCAUCAGAAGACAUCGAGAUUGGGGGUUACAAGUUACCACGUGGUACAGAAAUAAACGUAGCAAUAUAUGCUAUACACCAUGACCCCGAAUAUUGGAAUGACCCGGAAACUUUUGAUCCAGACAGGUUUUUACCUGACAGGAUGGGUCCCAACCCUCCCUGUUUUAUGCCCUUUGGAUUGGGUCCCAGAAACUGCAUUGGUAUGAGGUUAGCUCUUACAGAAAUGAAAGUGUCUUUAGUGUCUAUUUUACGUCACUACCGGUUUGUUACGUCACCAUCGACACAAAUACCACUUGUUCUAGCCAAGAAUGAAGUUAUGCUCCAAUCAGAAAAGGGCAUAUGGCUGAAAAUAGAGGCUCGAUAAAUGUAUUCUCUCAGUUUAAACCAAUCAUACAGUUAUAAUAGCAGUGACGUGUCUCAGUUUAAUCCAAUCAUAAAAUUACAGUUGCAGUGACGUGACUCAGUUUAAUCCAAUCAUAGAUGCAAUAGCAGUGACGUGUCUCGGUUUAAACCAAUCAUAAAGUAACAGUAGAAUUGAAGUGUCUCGGUUUAAACCAAUCAUAAGUUACAGCAUGAGACAAAAGUAAUGUGACGUGUCUCUGUAUAAUGAUAAUUCUCAAUUUGUAUAGCGCAAAAAUACGUAAUAGCAGUUUCCAUGACAACAGGCCCGAGUUCACAAAGCAUUCUCAGAUUUAAGUUGAGAAUUUACUCAAAAUUGUUUACCUUGAUUUAACUAAAAUGUAACCCGUUAUAAAACUUUUGUUGUUUUAAUGUAUCAAAUACAUCAAUAAGAAACUGUGUGCAAAGUUUUGUGUUUCUGGAUCAAAGAUAUUUCUCAUAAACAGUGAUUGGAAGUUGAGUAUAUUCUCAACAUAAGUCUGAGAAUGCUUUGUGAACUCCGGGCCAGCUUUAACAACGUCAUUAAAGCUUCUUGGUGUGAACCAACAUGACUAAUUGUAUUUAAUAUAAACAAUAUUUAUUAGAACGUCUCAUUAUGACCUAAUAAGGUUAAUUGUACAAUGUGUAUGAUAUCUAUAGUUAUUAGAACAAAAUAUCUCCGUAUGACC